UGAGGCGAUUAUAGAAAAUUGACCCCAACGGCAAGCCGACUGCCGCCUGACAUUCAUUGAAUAGUAAUUCUAUUAUCAACAGAGCUGAACUCUCGCAUCGUGAUAACUGAUAACUGAUAGUGAUAUGAGCAGAAGCAUAGAGAGCAAAAGACUGUAAAUGGUGUGAUCUGGCUUAGCCAUUGAACUUAAAAUCAGUCGAACGCUACAGAGUCUCAUUGUAAGAUGCCAGCACUAAGCACUAAGAGCCUAAUCGGGAUCAUCCUGAUCUGCUGUGUCUUGAAGCAAAUUCAGGCAAACGUGUUAUUCCGCUUUGCAUUGGAUUUUCAUGUAAAGGACAAUGGCACAGAGCUUUUAAAUAAAACCAUUAAAGUGGAGAACAAUCAAUUGUUAGUACAGAAUAACGAAGAGGAGAAUAGCACAAGUGCACCAGGGACAGAGGAACAAACACACGGUGACGUGGCCAAGCAGCUGCUGAAGGAAUGCAAGCUUGGAGUGCAGUUGCUCAAUGCUGAACUGACUCCUUUGGCGGGACGUAGUAAUCAAAUGGCAGGAAUACUCAAGCAAACCAUACGCUAUGCAAAUGAAGUGGACGCCAGUCUCAUAAGCGGCAACAUGUCUCAACACUUUGGUUUGCUGCGCAAGUAUCUAUCACUGGUGGACAACUGGCGCUCACCCAACAAUUCGGGAGGCGAACGCACGCUAGAGUUUGUUGUACUCAAGCUGGCCAUGGAGAAGUAUGGAAUUGUCAGCAAGCAGCAAGAGGCAUUGGAAUAUUUGCAACGCGCUGAUCGUGCUUGGAAUAAUUAUAGGAAGCAUAACGUUAUUUUAUCUGAGAGCUGAAACUUUCAAAACGGCCAUAGUUUAUUAUGUAGUUGCUAUUUUUAGUUCGUAUAUCUUUAAGUGCGCUUGUACUAGUCACACAAGAGCCGAAUCCUAUUAAGUGAAACAAUAAGCAUAGCCAAAGCAUUCUCGAACAAAUAAAUGCCUGCUAAGGACUUCCUGCCUAUUAUACAAUGCUUGAA